AAAUAGUAAUAUUAAUAAUAAUAAUAAUAGCGUUUAAGUGAAAUCCGCUGCUGGCUGGCUGGCUGGCUGAAGAAAACCGUUAUGCUGCACUGCCUCCCACAGCUGGGCCGCAGCUAGAGCUAGUGGACACUCGGACGAACAUCAUGGAUGGACAGCGGGCCCGCGAUCUGCUAACGCUGCUCCAGGAGCGUGUCGUCUUCCUCACGGGCGGCAGGGACAGGCGUGGCGGUCCACUGCUCUGCUUCCCCGCAACGCCGCGUCGCGACCGCCUCAAGCCGGAGGAUCUGCGACGGCUGCUCAGCUACCUAAUCAGCAUACCCAGCGAUGCGGCCAAGAAUCUCGGCUUCACAGUCAUCAUUGAUAUGCGAGGGAAUGGCAACUGUUCGACGAAUGUGAAGACCAUACUGAAGGUCCUGCAGGAGCACUUCAGCGCGAACAUCCACAACGUGGUGAUCAUCAAACCGGACAACUUCUGGCAGAAGCAGCGUGCCUCCAUAUCGUCGCAUAAAUACAAAUUCGAGACGACAACGAUAUCGAUUGAGGCGCUCAACAAAAUCGCCGAGGGCCAUCAGCUCACUGGGGACUUCGAGGGGCAGCAGCUGUACGAUCAUCAGCAGUGGACGGAUGCCCGCUUGGCCAUUGAGGAUUUCUUCUGGCAGGCGGGCGAUAUGGCCGAUCGCAUUGAUGAUCUCCAGGAGGAUCUCAAUCGGAAUGAUUUCGCAGAGGAUGUGGCAUUGGCGCGGCAUGCCAUCGAUCAUCACAACGAGAUGAAGAAGAAGAUCACGAAGCUGCCAAUCGAGGAUCUGGAUAUGCAGGGCAAGAAGCUGCUGGCAAAGAUCAAUGCGACAGGCCAGGGCUCGGGGUCGCAGCCGCCUGGUGGCUCCGCCUCCGACACGGCCAGCCUUGAUUCGGGCACCUCGUCCGCGGGACAGCAGCAACAGGGAGGCGGAGGAGGACAACAGACCGCCGCACGGGGAGUAAGCACCAAUCCGGACAUGUCGGCGGCCAUCAAUAAGGCACUGCGACAGAUCGACCUCAUACAUACGGGCCAGGAGCGACUCCUGAUGCUGUGGCAGCACAAGAAAGUGAAGCUCGAUCAGUGCUUCCAGUGGCGCCUGUUCGAGCAGGACUGCGAGAAGAUGUUCGACUGGAUCCUGCACAAUCGGGAUGUCUUCCAGAUGAGCUACGUGGAGAUUGGCCAGAACUAUUCGAUGGCCAAGUCCCUCCAAGACGAGCAUCAGAAGUUCGCUGUGGCUUCAAUGAAUGUCUCGGUAAACAUCGAUCGCAUCCUGGCGGUGGCGGCACGGCUCAUCGAGAGCCAGCAUUAUGCGGCACAGCACAUCAAGACGCUGGCCCAACGCUUGGACAGGACAUGGAAGGACUUUGCCGCCGGCCUGGACGAGCGCACGGCCGUGCUGCAGCUGAGCGUGCUCUUCCACCACAAGGCCGAGCAGUACUGCAACAGUGUGGCAAGCUGGGCGGCCGCCUGUCAGGCCUCCCAGCCGUUGCCCUCGGACAUCCAGAGCCUGGAGACGGCCAUACGCACGCAUCAGUCGCUGUACGAGGCCAUGUGCCAGGCGUACACCGAAGUCCACUCGACCUCCAAGAAGCUGCUCUACCAGUUGGAUCAUCUCGUCCAAGUGUGCAACCAGCCGCCGCCCCCGGGGGUGCCGGAUCAUCGAAAGAACAGCAGCUUCAACAAAUAUGAAAGGCAGAACCCGGCGGCCGACUACAGCGAGGGUGCCAGCCAUGUGCUGGCCGUGAUACACCAAAUAUUGGGGCACCAUCGCACCCUGGAGGCCAAGUGGCACCAAGAGCGGAUCCGCCUCCACCAGACGCUCGCGCUGCGCCUCUUCCAGGAGGACGUGAAGCAGGUGCUCGACUGGCUGAAGAAUCACGGCGAAGUGUUCCUCCGCAAGAACACGGGCAUCGGCAGGAACUUCCACAAGGCGCGCGUCUACCAGACGUCGCACGACAACUUCGAGAACGUGGCCCAGAACACCUACAGCAAUGCCCAGAAGCUGCUCUCGGCGGCAGAGGAGCUGGCGCUCAGCGGAGAGGCCGAUCCCAUUGACAUCUAUUCGGUGGCCAGGGAGCUGGAGCAGCAGGUGGGAAGCUUUGCGGAGCGAGUGGAGCAGCGAAGGAGGCGCCUGGAGAUGGCCGUACACUUCUACACGCACGAGAAGGAGGUGACGGCAUGGAUCGACAAGCUGCGGACGUUCGUGAGUGCGGACGAGACGCGGCUGUCGCAGGAGGACCUCGAGGGCAUCGAACGGAUCCUGCAGCAGUACCAGCGGGAGCAUAAGGAGAGCACCGUCAACCUCUGCAUGACCACAAUUGCCCAGGGCGAGGCUCUGCUCCAGGAAAUGCGCGCCCUCGACUAUGUGGACAACACGGGGUCCAUUGCGGCCCUAGAGGCCACGCUGGAGAAGCUCAGCAAACAGAAAGUGGAGCUGGAGGAGCUCUGGUCCGCUCGCAACUUCCGUGCCGAUCUCAUACUCCGUUUGCGAUACUUUGAGCGCGAUGCCAUGGAGCUGUCCUCGCAGCUGGAGGUCUGGUCCGAGGAGCUGCAGCAUGCGGAUCUGUCGCGGGACUACCAGAAGGCCGAGCAGCUCAUUCGGAUGCACAACGAAUCGGUGACGGACAUACAGAACUCCACCUACGAGAUCCUGCAGCAGGGACAAGACCUGCUGCAGAUGUUCGAGAACGCGGGCUUCAUUUCCAUGGCCGAUGCCACGCACACGGCCCAGGCACGCAUCGAAUACCUGCUGGACUUCCUGCGCGAGCGGGAGAUCGAUCUGGAGGAGCUCUCAGAGGCGAAGCGCGCCAAGCUGGAGCAGGCCGUGCAGCUGUGUCAGUUCCAGAACGAUGCGAAUCAAGUAAUCUCAUGGAUACGCAAUGGCGAGGCCAUGCUGGUGGCCAGCUUUGUGACGCCUAACAGUUUCCAGGAGGCCGACCAGCUGCGCCAGGGACACGAACAGUUUCAGAUUGCCAUUGAGAAGACGCACACGUCGGCCGUGCAGGUCAAGUAUCGAGCGGAUGCCCUGAUCAAUGCGAAUCACUAUGAUCCCCAGUCGAUCCGAGAGAUCAGCGACGAUGUCACCAAGAAAUGGCAACAGCUCGUGACGUACGCCGAGGAGCGGCACAAGCUGGUGACGGCCUCCCUCAACUUUUACAAAACAGCCGGGCAGGUGUGCUCCGUGCUGGACAGCCUGGAGCGGGAGUACAAGCGGGUGGAUGACUGGUGCGGCGGCGGCGGCAGCAGCGACAAGGCCCAAACGAUUGUCCAGCUCAUCUCCAAGCACCAGGAGCAAAAGGAGGCGUUCCUCAAGGCCUGCACCCUGGCCCGGCGCACCGCUGAGACAUUCCUGAAGUACGCGAAUCGCUCGCAGCAGUACUACCAGUACAAGGGAAACUGUGAGGCGCACGUGAAGAGCAAACUGGACCAGCUGCUCACGCAGGAGAACCAAGUGCUGGACUUCUGGACGCUGCGCAAGAAGUCGCUCGAUCAGUGCCAGCAGUUCGUGCUGUUCGAGCGGAGUGCCAAGCAGGCCAUCGAAUGGAUACACAACACGGGCGAGGCAUACCUCUCCUCCCGCACGAAUCUCGUGGGCAUUACCAAGGAGGAGACGGAGGGUCUGCUCAAAGAACACAACGAAUUCCGUAGCACCGCCAAGGAGACCCGCGAGCGGGUCAAGAUGCUCAUCCAACUGGCGGACAGUCUCGUCGAGAAGGGCCAUGCCCAUGCCGCAGACAUCAAGCAAUGGGUGGCCUCGGUGGACCAGCGGUACAAGGACUUCAGCAAUCGCAUGGACAGCUACUGCGAGCAGCUGGAAAAGUCGCUGGGCAUGUCCCAGCAGCAGCUGCUCCUGGAUUCCUCCGAUGCCAACAUCUCCAUAUGCUCCUCCUCGGGCAUAAGCAGCGGCGGAGGGAGUGGCGGCAGCGGCAGCAGUGGCGAUCGCCACUCGGACCCCACGCUGGAGGCCAAGCUGAACUCCUCCUCGAACUCGGUGGCCAGCAAAGAGAUCAACGAAGAGAAGCGCAAGAGUGCGCGUCGAAAAGAGUUCAUUAUGGCCGAGCUGAUGCAAACGGAGAGGGCGUACGUGAACGAUCUUGCCACAUGCAUCAAGUGCUUCCUGGAGGAGUUCCGCGGGGGCCGCAAUGUACCGCCUGCCUUGGUGGGCCAGGAGGAUGUGAUUUUCGGCAACAUCCGCGAGCUCCAUCAUUUCCACCAGAAGAUUUUCCUACGAGAACUCGAAAAAUACGAAACAAUGCCCGAGGAUGUGGGCCAUUGCUUCGUCACAUGGGCCUCCAAAUUCGACAUGUACGUCCAUUAUUGCAAGAACAAACCGACGUCCAACAAUCUCCUGGUGCAGCAUGCGGGCAACUAUUUUGAGGAGCUGCAGCGGCGCCUCGAAGUGGAGCAUCCACUGCCCGCGUACCUCAUCAAGCCCGUGCAGCGCAUCACCAAAUACCAGCUGCUGCUCAAGGAUCUGCUCUCCUGCUGCGAGGAGAGCCACGGCGAGAUCAAGGAGGGUCUCGAGGUAAUGCUCAACGUCCCCAAAAAGGCCAACGAUGCCAUGCAUCUGUCACUGCUCGAAAACUGCGAUGUUUCCGUGGAUAAGCUCGGAGAAGUGGUCCUGCAGGAUGCCUUCCAGGCAUGGGACACCAAGCAGAUCAUCCGGAAGGGACGCGACCGGAGGGUAUUCCUCUUCGAGCUGUAUCUGGUCUUUGCCAAGGAAGUGAAGGAGUCCAGCGUGGUCAAGUAUCAGUUCAAGAGCAAACUCAUGACCACGGACAUGGGCAUCACGGAGCACAUCGAAGGCGAUGAAGCAAAGUUUGCCGUGUGGACAGGAAGAUCGCCCAUGCUAUCCGAUUGUAGGAUUGUCCUCAAGGCCAACAGCCUGGAGACCAAGCAGAUUUGGGUUAAGAAACUGCGUGAGGUCAUGCAGGAAACCUGCUUCUCUGGCACUUCACUGACGCUACCAAAGUCCCCUGCCAAGCAUUCGGGCUCCUCGCAGCGAUCCUCCAGGGAUCUCGAUGAACAGCUCACGGAGAACGAUCACGAUCGCUGUUCUUUGGCCAGUUUUGGCUCGGGCAAUACCACAGAUAGUGAUAAUAAGUUGGGCAACCAGGAGGCCACUUGGGUGGUGGCCGACUACAUUGCCACCAGCGGCACCAACGAGCUGAGCGUCAGCAAGGGCCAGCAGGUGGAAAUUAUCGAACAGCCCUCGGCCACCGAGCCGGACUUUUGCCUGGUGCGCCUCAAUCCGCAGCACGACGAUGCAGCCGUUCAGGAGGGCCUCGUGCCCGUCUCAGUGCUCAAACCGCCGCCGGGCUCGCACAAGCAGGGAUCCGGAUCCGCAACGGCCGCCAAGACCACUGAGAACAUGCAGGAUCAGGGCAAUCGAAGCAAGACGGAUGCCCUUUCCUCGUCCACCAAACGUCGUGGUUUUAGCGGGCGAAACUGGUUGCCGCUGAUCAAUCGCAAGGUGGAGAAGCCCCCCAACAAUAAACCGCUCAUCAAGAAGCCCUCGGAGAAGAGUCUGCGACUACCACAAAAGCACGCCGAGGAUUUGGCCGCCGAACAGCAGCAACAAAACCAACAACAACAGCAGCAGCAGGGGCAGCCAGGUGGCAGCCCCUCAACGGUGGCACCCCAAUUCCCCACACAGCACCAUGCGCCGCCCUCAACGGCCGGAGCCGGAGCCGGGGCCGGGGCCGACUAUGAGCCGGACGAGGAGGCCGGUCUGGAGAUGCCGCCGCCCAUGAAGCCCAUCCAGGAGCCACAUUUGAUUGCCAAUGGACCGCCCGCAUUUACAAAGGACGUCAAGGAGAGCUCCUCGAAUUUGGCCAACAGCGGCAAAAUGGAUGGCAAUCCACUAUCGGAAAUUGAACAAAUUGUCAGGGAGAGAACGGAACAACACGAGUCCAACAGCCGUGUGGAUGUGGGAGGCGGCGAGAAUGCCAGCACCAAUGGACACGGACGCUCCCAUGGCGGCACCGAUAACAAUGAAGAGAGCCACAGUGCUGUCAGCGACAAGGCAGCGGCUCUAAAGAAGCGACAGUGCGUAUUUGCCGAGUUGGUGUCCACCGAAGAGUCGUACGUGCAGGAUCUCCAGGAGAUUGUCAACGGCUAUAUGUCGGAGAUCAACAACCCGAACAGUAAUAUACCCAUGCCAGAGGACCUCAAGGGCGGCAAAAUGAAGCUGGUUUUCAACAACAUCAAGGACAUUUACGAGUGGCACAGAGACUUCUUUUUGAGGGCCCUGCGUAACUGCCAGAAGUCGCCAGCGGAUCUGGGCCCACUGGUCAAGCGUUCGGCCACAAAGUUCGCCCUGUAUUACACGUACUGCAGCAACAAGCCCCUGUCCGAGUACAUAGUCAGUGCACACUAUCAGUAUUUCGAUUGCAUACGCCAGAAGCUGGGACAUCGCUUGGAUCUAAGCAACCUGAUCAUCAAGCCAGUGCAACGCAUUACCAAAUACGAGCUGUUGAUCAAGGAGAUCAUCAAGGCCACGGAGGCCGCCGGGCUCUACAAGGAGGUGCCCAUGCUGCAGGAGGCCUACCAGCAUAUGAAGGUCGUUGUGAAGACAGUGAACGACAUGAUGGUGGUGCUGCGCAGCCUGCAGGACUUCGAUGGAGAGAUCACUGCUCAGGGCAGUCUUCUGAUGCAGGGGCCACUCAAUUGUCUGGUGGAUGCCGGACAGAAGCAUCGAGAGCUGCAAGUUUUCCUUUUCCAGCAGAUAAUCAUCUUUGCGGACAUUGAGAAGGCAAAGAACCAGUACUCCAGCCCCACAUUCAAAUACCGAUCGCAUAUACAGCUCAAUCACAUGCAAAUGAAGGAAUUGGGCGAUUGUCGCUUUCAAAUCAAGUCAACGGAUCCCAACAAAAUCCCCGAGGUCACAGUCGUGUGUCAGGCCUCAACGCAGGAGCGCUAUGCUGACUGGCGCGAUAUGCUGAAAAAGAUCUUGCAACAGCAAAACGAUUUGAUUUUCAUGCUCUCCAAUCCUCUGCAAACCAAAAACAAGUGAGAAACAACAGGAGAGAAAGAGAGAUAAAGCAGCAGCAGCAGCAGCAGUAGCAGCAGCAGUGUUAGAUUCCAAAUGAAGCAAAGCAAAACAAACGAAAGUAUAAGAAGAAAAUGAUAUUGUAAUGUGUUUUUGGGCGAAGCCGAAUGCGAAUGCGAAGGCAUGCCCAUACCCCCACCCAAGUGAGCAUUUGCCUCGCACUUGUUUUCUCCGUCUGUUUAAUGUAUUCGUUUUGCUCACAUACUCAAAAAAUCCUAAUUUGUACGAGUAGUAAUUUUAUUUUAAUUUAUUUAUUUUGUCAUUCAUCUGCGUUCAUUGGCGUUCCGCGUUCCGCGCCCGGCACUCGGCGCUCGGCUUUCACCGUUUCUGUUUUAUGUUGUCCGAUUUUGUGUUUUUGUUUGUGUAUGAAACGCAAAGUAUUAUAUGCUCAAGAAUACCUUCGAUACCUUCUUUUUUUUUUUGUUUUUUGUAUUAACAUUGUGUGCAUUUUUAAACUUAUUUGCAAUGAACGGCUACCGAGAUUUACUCAGAAAUCAAAAAGCAAUUUACAUUUUUUUUGUCGUCUUUCGUAUUAUUCGCGCAGAAGGCAUACAACUAUUUUACGAGUGUAACUGUACUUUUAGUCCUUAGUUGUCAAGUUUAGAUUUAGUUGUAAUAAUUUUGCUUUAGACUAGAUCUUCAUUGUGUAAUGAGGCGCCUGCACUCGAGUGCAGGAAACUUCGUGAAAGUAAUCUAAGUUUAAUUUUAGUUUCUAUUGAUGGAAAUGCAAUGCAAAUCGUAUUUGCACAUUAUGUUCCACAAAUGUAACAUAAAAUAUGUAAGCUUUAAAAGUAAAUCAAAACCAGAAUCACUAAGUUUAUAAUUUUUGGAGUAUUUAAUUUAAAUUAUGCAUAAAAAUAAAAAACAAAAUGCCUGCUCAGUUAUAAAUCGAAUCAAAUCGUACGAUUUUCUGUUUACUCAUCCUUCACAUUUGUUAUCUUUUCUUUGGUUCUACACACAUACAAACAACAUAAAUGAUGAAAUGAUAGCGUGUAAGAGUGAAAAAUGGAAGAAACGGAAACCAAAAUACCUUAUAGAUCUUGCUUAAGCGAAUCCCGAAACUAAUCUGUAAACCCAAAGCAUUUUUGAAGCAUACUCUCUUUUUGGUGUCUGUGCGUUAUUGUAAGUUGAUGAUCGCGUCGAGGGGAAGUAGGAAGGGCAGGAGGACAGGAUAAUGUACAGUGUAGAAUACGAUAAGUCAGUCAGAUAAAUAACGGAUACGUGUCUCUCUAUCUCUCUAUCUACAUAUAUGUAUCUUUAUAUCUAUAUCUCUCAAGCAAGUACUUUACAAAUUGAUAACCGCAGAUGGACCAGGAUUUGAAUAUUAUGUAUAAAAGCACGUUGCAAAAGUUACUAAGCGGUUGUUCACACACACACACACCACCCAAAAACAAUUUCGACUUUGAAAGCACACAUACACACACACACACAAACACCCCACAGCAGUAACACUGGCAACAACAGUCUGGAACAUGAAUGCAAUUUGAAAUACAUAUAUCAGAACUCGAUGAAGAAGAAAAACAAUAAUGAUUUAGCAUAGCUAAAUGUGUAGGGAAAGCGAAGCAAACGAUGUGAAAGACGAACAUGAAAUGUAUUUUUUUUUACAAAAAUUGUGAAACGAACCUCCGGCAUAUUCAUAAUUAAUGUUAAAGAACGGGGACAACGGAUCGAUAGAUCGAUGGAUCGACGACACCCAAAGAGCAAGCAAACGCACAGAGAAAACUCAAAUGGCCACAACAUUUUUCUACAUUUUUGCACUACCAGAAAACCAGAAGAGAAGAGAAGAGUAGAGAAGAGCAGCUCACAACAGAUUGAGAUUGAGAUUACGAUUAAGACAUACAGACAGAAGGAAAGACCAUUCGAUCAUUCGAUGGGUAUCUAGGCCCAACCAUGUAUCAUACGGAAUUCAAUUUUCAACUAUAAUUAUUGCACUUAACAUUUAACUAAUUGUUGUACUUUAACCUCCAAGAGACGGCGGCAGCAGGCACCUGUGUGGGCCGGGCCAGCGAUUGUGGAAAUUCUAGAUAAUUGUGGUGUAAUUGAAAUAUGUGUGUUUAGUUUAUCAAAUUAAUCUAAAUAAAUACGUAUUUAUUACAUAUAGUACGACAUUAUGUACGCCAGUGCAAUGCCAACAGCAUUCAAGUAAACGUGUUAAUCUGUGUUUUAGCAAAGUAAGCAGGAGGAUCCACGGCCAGCAAGGCCUAACAUUUGGGAGCACUCCCCAUCCACAAGAUUCAAGAACAAGCGCCCCUUAGCCCAGGCUUAAUCAACAAAUAUAUAUAUUAAUAUAUCCAGAAAUCAAUAUACGAAUUGUAUGUACCCAACAAACGCAUGUAAUCUGAAUUUAAAAAUUUUCAAAGUGAAUAAUAAAAGCAAAAGUAGCUGAAUAAACAGAA